UCCCCUCCCAUUCCCAUCCCUAGACGAGAGAGCUGGACCGCGCGCCUGUCUGCACUCGUCUUCUUCCUAGCAGAGAAAAAGCAGAAGACAUACAAAGAUGUCCAAGAUGGCGGAGCAGAAGGCGGCGGCCGUAGACGGACUCGGAGGAGCCGGGGCGGCGGACGCUGCGCCGGCGGGGGAGGCCGCGGCGGCGCGUGUGCGGCCCGUUGAGACGCUCCUGCGCGCGGCGCCGCUGGGGCUGUGCGUGGCCGCCAUGACCGUCAUGCUCCGUGACCAGCAGAGCAACGAGUACGGCACCGUCGCCUACUCCGACCUUGGGGGCUUUAAGUACCUCGUCUACGCCAACGGCCUCUGCGCCGCCUACUCGCUGGUGUCCGCGUUCUACACGGCCGUGCCGAGGCCCGCCACCGUAUCGCGCUCCUGGGUCGUCUUCCUCCUCGACCAGGUGUUCACGUACCUGAUCCUGGCGGCCGGUGCCGCGGCGGCGGAGCUGCUGUACCUCGCCUACAACGGCGACAAGGAGGUGACGUGGAGCGAGGCGUGCGGCGUUUUCGGCAGCUUCUGCCGUCAGGCGCGCACAUCCGUAGCCAUCACCUUCGGCACCGUGCUCUGUUUCAUCCUCCUCUCCCUCAUCUCCUCGUACCGCCUCUUCAGCGCCUACGAGGCGCCCCCGUCGUCGGCGCUCGGCAGCAAGGGCGUCGAGAUUGCCGCAUACCCACGCUGAAGCCGCGCGCCGGCCUUCCAUCGGGGGCUCUGGAGGGAGACGUGGUUGCAGAUCUCUAUUAUAUGUGUAGGCGAUCAAGUAAUAAGGGCUUAUAUUUAUAUAUAUAAUACUUCGUUCAUAUAGUAGUUGUUUGCUGCUACAUAUGAUUAGUACAGUGCUGCUGCUGCUGCUGCUGCUAAAUUGUGCUUGACUCGGUAAUUAUAUGGUUUGAAACGUUCUUGUGUGUACUGGAUGGAUCGAUCCUAAAAUUCUUACUUGUUUCUGUGCAUGCAUUGGUUAUGG